AUGGACGGCAGCGAAAUAGGGCUGUUCGGUACGCUGCGGCUGAUGAAACGAUCGACUGAUGAACAGGUAGCAGCAUUCCCAAUCGACGAGGAGACAGUUACCUUUGGACGCGACCCGACGUGCAGUGUGCGCCUCUAUUACCCAGAGAUCAGUGCUCUGCAUGCAAAAAUUGUAUUUCAGGAAAGAAAGGCUUUCCUCGUCGUUCUUGGCGACGCAGGACUCACCAUUGAUGGCUGCCCCGUGAUUCCAUCUACUAACGCCUCACUUCCCACAACGAUUCCCGUCUCUAACAACUGCGAAAUCGAAAUACACAAGAAACGUUUCAUAUUCUCCUACCCGCCCAAGCAGCUACGGUCUCCACUUUACAACAUUGAUUCACCAGUCAAGACUGAAAAUGGCAGCGGCGGACGGAGGAAAUUACGAAUGAGCAUGAUCCACAGCGCUCAAGUAUUUACCCCUCGUGGAAAGCCCUCUUCAGAUCCACUUGCAAACCUCCGCAUUCUUCAGAGCCCACUCAAGCAGCUGGUGCCAUCCCCGCGCAAGCCCUCUGCCCUAAAGAACUCCCAUGUCCCAGAGGCAGACGAAAUAGAAGAAGAAAUCGUGCUCGUGGAGUCUAAUACUCCACACGUCGUACAAGAGGACAAGGAUCUUGUCAUUCUCGAGCGUGUCGAUAUCCAAGCCCUUCCUCCACCCACCCCGCCUGUGCAAAGACCAAGACCGAGUAUGAACAUAUACAAGACUCCGAACAAGCGUACACGCCCUUCGUUACACCGUGCUGUACUGAUUCGCAGCGUACAUCGUGCCGUCAUGGCACGUGAAGAAGAAGAGGAAGAGAAAGAAGUUGAGGAGGUGAUUGUAGGUGAGACUGUUGUAGAGGAGGGCGAGAACCAUCAAGAUAGUGACAGUGAAGAAUUCGACGACAAACGUGAAGGCGGUGCAGGGAUCGAGCAUGAAGAAUCUGACGAAGAUGGAAGUGGCGCAGACUCAGACACCGCUGAGGAGCCUACUCCUCAACCAAGUACAUGGCGCAAAUCUCUCAAUGCUGUGCGUGCACACGUUGUAUGGCCUUUCCGCUCAAGUUCCACUGUGCCUGAAGAAAGCGACAAUGAUGACCCGCAAGAUGAGGAUGAGGACGAAGAGGCGGAGGAUGCACAGCCCCCACCUCCAUCAUCUUCCCCACCUCCAAUUCACAUCACACCCCAAGCUCAAUCACACCUGACACCUGCAAGAGCCCCACGACCUCUGGGCUCAUUUAUGACGCCUCAGGUGCCGCACGUACAGUCAGGCAUUGGGGCUGGAAUUGUCCGCGGCGCAGGACGCAACUCCUUUGGUGGAGCGUUGCGAAGAGUACGCGUCGAGCCCAAGUGGCGUAUUGGGGAUAUUGAGGUACGAGGUAUAGAGGAGGUGAAGGAAGAGGAGAAGACAGGGACAGGAUUUGGGAGGACGCGGGUGAGUGAGGAGGAGAGGAAAGUGAGUACAUGCGUUUUCUUUUGCUUUCUGGAGCUUGGGAAAUGGUAUGGAGAGUGCAGUCUGGUUUUCAUUCAAAAUGGUUUCUCUAUGAGCCCGGGUUGUUGUGAUACAGGGUCCAUAUAUACAUACCUCCUGGCGUGUCCCUCGUCUCUCUGGACUUUGUUUUCUUUGUGCCAUUUCUCUCCCCCAUGA